GGAAGUAUUUCAAGUAUGUCUUCACAGAAAGUGAGGGCGUGGCUGAGAGCGUGAGUUGUAAAGUCCCCAGAAUUACAUCACAUGGAGGUCAAAGGACAUCUGAUUACAUCCAUGGGUUUGGGGGCUCCUGAUGUUCAAGGCUGCCAGGAUGGCAAGCUGCAGGCUGAGAGGGUCGCAGCUCUGCAGGAGAGGAAGCAGGCCCUGGAGGCUCUCCUCAAUGCCAGAGUGGGGGAGCUCAAACAAGUGUGUUUGCAGGAAGCUGAGCUGACUGGGAAGUUGCCACGUGCUUUUCCAUUGGAAACGGGAGAGAAACCCCCACUGGUGCAGCGGAGAGCUGGCCUAGCGCCCAUCUCCAAGGCAGAGGAUGAGGCUGCCCAAAGAAAGCAGAUGAAAGCCAUCUUCACGGGUGCUCUAUACAGACACUCAGAGUCCGACCGAAAUGUUCCAAAUAGCAAAAGAACAGUCCAUCGGGGCUGUCACACAGAGGACACAGUCAUGUCAGAGAGUACCAGCUCCAUGUCAGAUUCAACAUCCCAUGACAAUGAGUCUUCACCCAGUGUGGCUGCUGACCAGCGAUCUCUGUCUCAGCCACGGCUCACUGCAGGCAGCCCUGAGCACAGACUCAGCAGGAAGCUAUCCCCAGUGGAGAUUUACUACGAGAUGAGGACACGGCGUAACUCUGUCACGAGCUCUGUUAGCCCAACUCAUUCUUUACCUAGAAGUGCUUCUAAUGUUGAAGGCAGAAGUGUUCCAGCAACUCCUAUGUUGGCUCGAACUGCUCCCAUCAGCGUUCACGUCAGGUCCGAUGCAUCGGGUGGUAAUGGGUUGAAGCAGUGGUCUGGAAGCCUGGAUGUGCCAUAUAUGAUCCCACUGGCUCCAGAAGGCUCUUCCUCUGACCGCCGCAGCUGCCCGUACAGCUCCCGAGCCAGACGCAGCAACAGCUCUGAGGCCCUGCUGGACAGAUCAAGCCUUCCAGACGACCCAGCCCCUAGAAACGGCAUGCCCCAGAGAGGAGGGCCCUACAAGAGUUCAGAGACACUGACGGAUGGAAAACUGCGGCACAUUCACUUGGGAAGCCCAGAGGGACAUGUGGACAGCUCUGUGGAGCAAGUCAAAAUGCGUCUGUCUGUGGGUGGCAGGGGAGCAAGUGGUGGCUACAAUGAACUUUUGAUGGACUAUAUCUGGGGAAAACAGCAGAGGAUGCAAGUACAGCAACAUCUGUAUCAGUCCACAGGCAGGAUCUGGCAAGACAUGUCCUCCCCUCGCUCCUCCACUGCAGCAGUGCCUCCCCAUGCCAAUGGAUUUUCCCAUUCCCAGGUUCACCUCCCUAGUGCUGCACCUCCUUACAGUCCCAUGGUCCUAAGAGGAUCCCAAGCUGAACUUCGCAGGGUCAAAGUCACCAGAACCAAAUCUUGUGGGCCCUUUAUUCCUUUGCAGCAACAUCCCCAAGAUGCAAUCCUACUAUCAGCGUAUGAGUCCCCCCUUCCUAUCUCUGGGACCACCACAUCAUCCAUUCCCAACCUGCACCCUUACCAGACAGAGUUAUCUGGUCCCUCCUUCAACCGCAGACCCCCACAGUUCUCACUUCCUACUCCAGAAGACUCAACAAGAAGCUUACAUAAAGCCCUGGCUCUGGAGGGACUUAGGGACUGGUAUCUGAGGAAUGCUCUUGGCUAUCCUACUGCUGCCUCAAAGGGCCAUGAGGCAGGGAUCUCACGUCUUUCACACCCCCACCCACUGGUGCACCAAGCCCAGUCUGUUCAAGGUGAACCAACCAACCUUCAAAGGCCUCAGAUACCCCAGUCAGCCAGUUUCCAUGGUCACCCACUGCAUGGAAGGUCAAUGGAGUUCUCUCUCUAUCAGGAUACUUCUGAGCCACAGAUGCAAGAGGUAACUCCAAAGGAACCCAGUGCUGACCCAGGCACCUUGGUCUGAAGCAGCAGACACACAUGCACACAUCAAUGCAUUGCAUAUGCAGAAACUCUGUC